GAUUCUCCAACAAACAGCUGUCAUAAUCGAGCCCUGAUUUCUCUCCAAAAUAUUCUUUCUGCAUUUUGGCUAAAAAUAUAAUAAUAUUUAAAUAAACAUAGCAAAAUGAUGAACUUGUCGAGAGCCGUUGUCCGCAGUUUUGCCACCACCGCCACCCGCCGCUCCACAGCGGUUGGUAAGGAGCAGAUCGAGAAGGGCUACUUUGAAAUCCGUAAAGUGCAGGAGCAUUUCCAAAAGAAGGACGGCAAGCCCGUGUUCCUCAAGGGCUCCGCCUUCGACAAUGUGCUAUACCGCAUCACCAUGGCCUUGGCCCUGGUUGGUAUUGGUGGCAUGACCAAGCUCUUCUACGAACUGAGUGUGCCCCAGAAGCAGGAAUAAGCAGGCGGCUGCCAGUAUAAUGUACAUCUACCUUUAAGCUAUAGCCUCCACAAAAAAACAAAUCCACUCCUAUGCAGCGUAGUUUCGCCUUAUAUUUCUGAGUUUUUAUUAUUCUCUUUGAUAGUAGCUUGUGCCCCUCUAACACAAUUGCCCACGACCCCAGGAAUUUUGUUUUUGUGUGUGUUUAGAAUGUAUUGCUAAGUAUAAAGUUGUAACUGAAACAUUCGCAAAAGCAUUUAAAGCGUGGAAAUAUAAGAACAUUCGGCUGUAACAAUUAUAAA